AUGGCAACGACAACAGCGGUGCAACCUGCUCGGACUUCUGAGAAAGAAGGAAGAAGCGAAGCUCACCACCAGGAGAGCGCCGAUGGGAUCAGAGUUGAGGUUCUCCAGGGAUCAAUGGCCUUGGAUUUGGCCAGACGAUCUCAUCCUCCAAAUCCGUGGAGUCCGCAGAUGCGAAAGCUAUACGGAUUUAUGGCUGUGGCAUACCUGUGCUCAGCCCUGAACGGAUUUGACGGCUCCCUCAUGGGUUCUUUACUUCCCAUCCCGCAGUUUCGCGAGACAUUUGGGGCAGGCUUGGUUGGUUCUCAGGCUUCUCUUAUUCAGGGAAUGUAUACGAUUGGAGGUGUCAGCGCGCUCUUCUUUGUGGGCUACUUGCUCGACAACUUCGGUCGACGCUUCGGCAUGUUUACCGGGUCGAUCGUGGUCAUUCUCGGCACUAUUCUGGGAGGUACCGCCAACCACAUGAAUCAACUACUCGCUAGUCGGUUCUUCCUAGGUUUUGGAUAUUCUGUUGCUGCAUCCGCCGCCCCCGCUUAUGUGGUCGAGAUGAGCCAUCCUGCCUACCGCGAUGUACUGACAGGUCUUUAUAACUGCCAAUAUUUUGUUGGAGCUAUUGCCGCUGCUGGUGCUUGCCGAGGCUGUCUGGUCUACCCCGACUCCCGUGCAUGGCGUAUUCCUAUCUGGUGUCAACUGAUUUCGUCUUCAUUUGUGAUUAUUUUCGUCUGGUUCAUUCCAGAGUCACCUCGAUGGCUCUAUAGUCAUGGUCACAGCGAGAAGGCCUGGGACGUCAUCACCAAAUAUCACGGCGAGGGUAGUCGUGAAAACGCCUUUGUCACUCUUCAAAUUCGCGAAUAUGAGGAGGCAAUCAAUAUUGAAGGCUCUGAUAAACGGUCUUGGGACUUCCGUGAGCUCCUUAAUACCAAGGCUGCAAGAUGGCGCCUUGUGUGUGUUGGUAUUGCGUCCUUCCUUAGCCAGUGGGCGCAAGGAGGCGUAACAACCUACUAUAUGGGUGGUCUUUUGAAAAGUGCCGGUAUCACAGACACAAGUCGGGUCCUGGAUGUCAAUUUGGGUUUCACGGUUCUCUCAGCUGGAGGGGCGUACAUGGGUGGAUUCUUUGCACCAACAUUGCGGCGACGACCUAUGCUAAUCGGUGCAUCUAUAGCUUGUUGUCUCGGCUUUGCUGGGUUGUCAGCUUCCACAGGUGUGUACUCAGACACACAAGAACCAUCGGCCGCCACAGCUUCAAUCGUGAUCAUCUUUCUCAUAGGCUUUGCCUAUAGCUUUGGGUGGACUCCACUGCAAGCUAUGUAUUCCGUGGAGUGUCUAUCAUAUGAGACUCGUGCUAAAGGAAUGGCUGUAUACUCCGUCUUCACUAAUAUCGCUUUGCUCGUGAACCAGUUUGGAAUCGGGAACGCCAUGGCUGUCAUCACAUGGCAUACGUAUAUCAUCUUGGCCGGCUGGAAUAUUUUACAGGCCGUUUUCAUAUACUUCUUUGCCGUCGAAACAUGCAAACGGACUCUUGAGGAGCUCACGGACAUUUUUGAUGCUCCUAAUCCCAGGAAGAAGAGCACCCAAGCACGCCAGAUUUUAGUUUCUACGGAGACAGACGAGGUGCUGCAAACUAAAGAUGCUUGA